AUGACACCCAAGAAGAAGACACAGAAAAUAACAAAAUUGAAAAUUUUGUACCGUCGGCGGACCAAUAUUUUGGGUUCCGCUAAUUUGAUUAAAAUAUUUGACGAGUCUUUCGAUCCCACUAAAAUCGAUCAAUUGCCCAUUCGCAUUCAACGUCUUGAUGCAUUAUGGCGCGAGUUCGAAGAGACUCAAGACGAAAUAGAAGUCCUAGAAGACACCGACGAUGAAUUUUCGCAAGAGAGGCUAGAAUUUCAAACACUCUAUUAUGAGCUGAAAGGAUCUUUGCAAAGCAAGAUUCCUUUGCAGCAAUCCCAACCACCACCACCUCCUCAAGUACAAUCUGUUCCUUCAUUCAAUCCUGUUCAAUCGAACAUUCGUCUUCCUGAAAUGAAAUUGAAGGAAUUUUCUGGGGAUCUCGAUGAUUGGGUUACUUUUCGCGAUCUUUUUGUCUCGCUUAUUCAUUCAAAUCUGCAACUUACGGCAGUGCAAAAAAUGCAUUAUUUGCGAGCUACACUUACAGGAGACGCGGCUCGUAUUAUAUCCGCUCUCGAGAUCUCGGCCAAUAAUUAUCUCGUGGCGUGGAAUUUAUUAAAAGAACGAUACGAGAACUCGAACAUGUUAGUAAAGCGUCACACGGGUGCAUUGUUGACUAUUUCUCCUCUCAAAAAGGAAUCUGCACAGGGGCUUGCAGACCUCGCUGACGAAUUCGAUCGUCACGUUCAAUUGUUGGAUAAACUCGAAGGGACUGAGAACCACUGGAAUGCUUUUUUGGUAGAACGACUUAGUCAAUGCUUAGACGCCGUUAGUCUUCGUGAGUGGGAAACCGACGUUUCCAGAACAGAUGAAAAUCCUACAUAUAAAAACCUUCUCGAGUUUAUCCACAAAAGAUCGCGAAUUGUACAGACAUUAAAGCUCUCCCAAUCGGCAAACAUUAACACCCAAUCCGAGAUCAAGUCAUUUAAAGCACGAUCUGCUGUCGCCCAUGUUGCUUCCGAUAAUGCGCCAAGGUGCGCUAGCUGUAAGCAAGCUCACUUCUUGUUCCAGUGUGAGCAAUUUAGAACAUUGUCUCCUCAGCAACGAUUCGAGUUCGUUAAGCAGCAUGGGCUAUGCAUCAACUGCAUAAAGGGAAAACACCAAGCGAAGAAUUGCUCCAGCGGGUCCUGCAAAAGCUGCUUUAAGAAACAUCAUUCGAUGCUGCAUCUACCACCAUUGCCGUCGGCCUCUGGUUCACAACCAAUGAUAACUAAACCAUCGGUGUCAUCAAGCAAACCCGCUGAAGCAAACUUUUCGCAAUCGUAUCAAGUAUCGCAAUUCGUGCCGAAUCUUAUCGCGACCGCGUCUGUCUCACCACCUGUCGUAUCGUCGGGUCGUACGCAGUCGUCGCGCGGUAUUACUCUCCCCUCAUCGUCGUGUUCGUCGGAUGGUAUCGUUUACAGUCCUCCAUCAACCUCUUUUCAAAGUGCAGAAGUGACCACACAACCUCGGCAGUCGACAGUGCUACUUUCGACGGUAGUGAUUAAAGUGAAAGACGCUGAUAACAAUUACACCUUUGCUAGAGCCCUCUUGGACAGUGGAUCAGAGCCAAACUUUAUAUCGGAAAACCUGUGUCAAAAGCUCCGCCUGAAGCGGACAAAGCUUAAUUCACCGGUCAGUGGGAUCGGGCAAUCCGCCGUCAAUGUUCGCUUCGGAGUAACACUGUCAAUUGGCUCUCGUUUCGCAAACUACACAACCAAUUUGGACUGUCUUGUGCUGCCGAAGCUUACCGUCUCGUUGCCGGGUCAACACCUCGACGUCACUCAAUGGAAGUUACCACGUAAUCUUCCACUCGCUGAUCCACAGUUCAACCCACCAUCGAUACGACAAUUGCAACAAUCCUGUCACAUCUGUGUCGAUGAUAGGCUCGAUUCCCAACUCCAACGCUUCUGGGAAAUCGAAAGUUUCGAAGACGGUAAAGCACUCACUCCAGACGAACAGCACUGCGAAAAUCACUUCACCUCCACCACUACACGCGACAAAACGGGUCGCUACGUCGUUCGGCUUCCGCUAAAGGAAAACGAAUUGGAAAUGCUCGGUGAUUCAUACACUUGUGCCCUCCGACGUUUCCAACAAAUGGAAAGAAGGUUCGCCACCGAUGAAAACCUUCGUCGUGAUUAUCACCAGUUUUUGGAGGAGUACGAGAGGUUGGGUCACAUGGAGUUGACAUCGCGCGCGUCGUGUAGCCCACAAUUUUUCCUACCCCAUCAUGCCAUCCAACGCCCAGAGAGUACGACUACCAAAAUACGUGUAGUUUUCGACGGUUCUUGUCGGGGAACUACUAAGCUGUCUCUGAACGAUGCAUUGUUUGUGGGACCAACUGUUCAACCAGCUCUAUUCUCGACCGUCGUCAAUUUUCGUCUGCCUCAAUUUGCCAUUACGGCCGAUGCUGAGAAAAUGUUCAGGCAGAUAUGGAUCCACCCAGACGACCGAAAAUUCCAGCAAAUUCUCUGGCGUAGGAAUCCCACCGAUCCCAUACGGGCAUAUCAACUUAAAACGGUCACUUACGGUCUAGCAAGCUCACCAUUCCACGCUGCUCGGGUUUUAAAUCAGCUUGCUAUCGAUGAAGGACAACGCUUUCCUUUGGCAGUCCCAGUGAUUCAAAGUGGAACCUACGUAGAUGACAUCAUAUUCGGACACGAUCAUCAUGCUACGUUGACGGACACUUGUAAACAGUUGAUGGAAAUGUUUAAAUCAGCCGGAUUCGUACUUCGAAAAUGGGCAUCGAACGAUAGGACGGUACUCAGUAAUGUUCCUGAAGAGCUGUGGGAGACAUCUGAAAAUUUAGAACUCGAUCGUUCGUCAGCAGUCAAAACCUUGGGGUUGCUGUGGUUCCCCCAAAGAGACAUGUUCAAAUUUAAGGUUCCUGUCCUACCGAAUCUGACCGCCGUGACAAAACGGAUUGUUGUUUCCGAAAUGUCCCAGCUCUUCGAUCCACUGGGACUUCUCGGACCAGUCGUCAUGAACGCAAAAAUGUUCAUACAAACUCUAUGGGCUGCAGAUUGGUCGUGGGAUUCUGAGCUGUCAGAAGAGUCAAGUACAUGGUGGAGAAAGUAUCGAUCAGACAUUAACCAACUUCAAUCACUAGAGGUUCCUAGAAAGGUCGUAUGGAAUGCUCAACGCAAAUAUUCGCUUCACUGCUUCUGCGAUGCCUCACAGAGAGGUUACGGUUGCUGUGUGUACGCCGUAUCACCGGACGAACUCGGUCUGAUGCAUUCGCAUUUAAUAACAUCGAAAUCUCGCGUUGCACCUCUGCGUGGACAGUCGAUUCCGCGCCUGGAACUUUGCGCAGCUCUCCUUGGCAGUCAAUUGGUUCACAAUUUACGGACUAAUACUGGUUUCAACGGACAGGUUACAUUUUGGUCCGACUCAACGAUCGUACUUCACUGGAUCAAGUCCAGAUCGCACAACUGGAAGGUGUUUGUAUCCAACCGUGUCGCAGAGAUUCAGCGUCUUCUAAAUGGAUCGGAAUGGAGACACGAUAUGAAACGCUCGAUCCAAGACCUGUGGCGCUGCUGGUCUCGUGACUACGUGAGUCAGCUACACCAACGCACUAAAUGGAAACGCCCAUCAGUGGACAUUCGUCAGGGACAACUAGUCCUUUUGAAGCUCGACAACUAUCCACCACUACGAUGGCCCCUUGGACGUGUUACCGAAGUCAUCACUGGCCCAGAUGGCCGAGUUCGAGUCGUGAUCGUUAAAACUGCUGCUGGAGUAUAUAAACGGGCCAUAACGGAGAUUGCGGUCCUUCCAAUCGAGUCUACAAAUGAAAACCAAACUGUUCUUCCGAGAUCAUCACCCGUAAUCGACGAAGUUGUUGGUUGA